AUGCCCCCCAAGCGUAGUCUCAGCCCAGAUGCUGGCGCCGAGCCGAGGAAGAGAUCGAAGGAACGCGCUUGUGAGGAAAAGGAAGAGGGUCAGGGAUAUCUGAAGGGAGAGGUAAAUGGAGAGGAGAAGAAAAAACAGAAACACAUCUUUGAGUUGUCACAAGAAACGCUUCACCAAAUCUGGGAAUUCACUCUCAACCCAGAUCCUGAUCGACCAGGAGAAAAAUACAUCCAACGCCUGACCGGUAGUUUCCUGGGAGAGACAUCUCAAACAGAGUACAAAAUGCCGGGCCUCCUUCUGGCUUGCAAGUCAAUCUUUCGUGCAGCUCUGCCACUUCACUACCAAGGCCACAUCUUCGUUUUCAGUGUCAACAUGAGGCAUAUGGAUAUUGUUCUGAAAUGGCUCCGGGGUCGGCGCAAGUUCCACAGGGAUAUCAAGUUCAUGGACUCUCUGCGCUCUUUGCAGGUCCACAUCAAGCUCAGUCCCACUCAUGAUGAUUGGCACGCCGUGUACAUGCCGGCUCAGAUCACCAAGUUCUGCUGCAAGUUCGGUGUGACGGUCCGAUUCGCCUCUCGGCUCUAUCAACAAUUCCUACCGCUGCAAUUUGCUCCUAUCAUCGCAGGCCGCAUCAUCGGCUACCAUGCCUACAAAGAAAGCUGGAAAUAUCGACUCUUCUUCUCCGCCACCUCUCACAUCGCUAAAUCCCUCGACUUCACACGAUUCCCGGGAGAUGUAACUGAUCUCUUUGGACCCAUGGUCCAGCAUGUGCAUGCCUCACCGUGUAAUGACGACGGCAAAUUCAAGAUCGACUAUCGAGUCAUCUACAGCGUUCCUCGCAGUCCCAACUCCCUCGAUCAGAGAAAGGUCAAAAUACGAGUGGUGGUGAAGUAUCAAGGACGCCUAGUUCGCCUGAAGGACCAUCUCUCCUGCGGGCCGCUGGAAGGUGAACACGUCGAUGUUUGUGACUACUCGAAUUGUUCCGACGCGAGUUGCUGGCACCACAUGCUCAACGAACACCAGGAUUGGCUCGCCGAUCUCCUUCCGAAUGCUCCCCAAAUCCCUCAAAGCAGUGCCUUCGCUGCGUAG